UCCCUCUUCUCGCAGCCUGAGUUUCUGUCUAUCGGUGUUGUUGUUGAUGCGAUGAUGGCGGCGGCGGGAUGCGGAUCAGCAACCGCGGCUGCCGUUGUGGGCGCAGGCGGCGUGGGCGCGGCUCGGGGUCGCUUCCCCGGUCGGCCUUGGUCGUCGCGGAGCCGUUUGCGUUCGGAGAAGCGCUGGCAGCUCGGCCGCUGCGGGACAGAUCUGGACGAGAUCUCCGCCAACGGAGGCCCGAGGCCCACCUGCCUGGUGCUCGCGCCGAACGAGGACCAGUCUCUCUCACGCCUUCUCGGGCUGGAGGCGAGCUACAAGCGCCUGGGGGAGGCUGGAUACAGCUCGAGUGGGAGCGAAGAGGGAUCUGAAUUUAAAGGCUUUGAAGUUCGAAAUGAAAACCGCAGCAUCCCAGUUCGUGCUGGACGAAAUCCAUGUAAACGUGAUCGUGUUUCAGUGAAGUCGUCAAAGAGGAUACGUCAAAGGUUGACUCUUCCAGUGUCUCCUUUAGUAGAAAGCACAGGUUCGCAUGGUCCUCAGAAUGAUUCAGGUACUGUUCAGCAACUCCACAGUCAAGAGUCUCAAAAGGACACAUCAGUAGAUGAUGGGGGUGGUGGUGGCGGUGGGGGUGAUGAUGCUGAUGGAACAAUAGAGAAGCCCACCAGGAGAAAAAGGGGGUCAAGAAAACGAGAGACCCAAACAACUCCAAGGAUCACAAUAAAGCUGGUGGCUAAAAAGACAGUGGUUACAGUACCAACGUUGCGGAGAAAACCUGGAAGAAGACCGAAGGAAGUCAAAACUGAAGUUACAGAGAGUCAGUGUGCCCAAAUCUCAAGUGCUCAUGUGAAAUUAAAGACAAAAGCACCAGUUAGUAAAAGCAGUGCUGGUGAUACAAAGGUGGAAGUUUGUACUAGAAGGAGAGGAAGAUCUGCUGACCAGAAAUUAGAAUCCACUCUGCAAACAGAACCUGAAAAAAAGGCCAAUGACCAAAAAUUAAAGCUGAGGAAAUCAACUCGAAAGUGUCAGAAUCCACUGCCAAGUGAAAAUAAGGAGCCAAAACCUGCUGAUAAGUCAGCACAAGAGGGAUCAGAGGUAAAUAAGCUUGUGAUUAGGAGACAACGCACAAGGUCUUCAAUUGUUCCACAGGAGCCUGGAGACCAGAGUUUAGCAGAAUCACAGUUGGAGGUCUCUACAAUUGAUGAAUCCAGGUCACCUUCAAAAAAGAAAAAAAAGAAGAAGAAGAAAAAGAAAAAUCGCAAAGAAUCUGAAAGAAAUAAGGAUCCAUCUUCAAAAGAUCAUGGCCACUCAGCUGAAGAUCCUCUAAAACUUGCAUUCGGCAAUGAUUUUGUUGGAAUUCCUGGUUUGAAACUGACCAGAAUACGAAACCCCAAAGCCCGGUCUCGCAAGAAACGAUGCAAGUUUGUGUGGACUCUUACACUGGUGAAAUGCAAAGGCAAAGAUUCCCACAUUCAAGAGAAUCUAAGCAGAACCCAAGAUCCCCAAAUCCAAGAGGAUCUCGGCAAAACCCAAGAAAUCGAAUCCCAAGAUUCUCAAGUUCAAAAAAGUCCAAGCAAAGCAGAUAAAAGUCCCAGCAUAGAAGCAGAACUUCCUCCUAAAUGUGACAAGGAAGUAGAUGUUUCUGAAGAAGCAGAACCUGCCCCUGCUCCUUCCAACACUUUAGAAACUGACUCUUUGCAGGAGUCACAAAAAGUAGAAAACACUGCCAGUACUGUAAUUCCUGAAAGCCCUGAAAACCCAGUUGCUGUUGAGAAGUAUGAGAGAAUCCCAGAAAAAGGAAAUGAGGAGGUUCUCGAAAGAUCAGAAAUUGAAGCACAUCCAGAAGAGCCCACUCAGACAGAGCCAGAAGAUCUGAUCAAUAAAGAUAUUGUGCCACCACUUCAAAUCAAAGUUGUCUCCUCACCAGGUAAAAACAACAGUUUAAAGCAGUCUUUUUUAAUUCAGCAAGUUACAAAUUUACCUGAAAUAACAGAACCUGAAAAGGUCGAAGACCAUCAACAUUUGGAAAACAGUGAGACCACGUUGGAAAAAACUACUACUAGUCCUGAGCGCAAAGUAAGGAAUAAGCUACGUCAAAGCGCUGCCCGGAAGAAGCGUGCAAGACAUAGACACUGGACUAUUUAUAGGCGAAAGGGCAGAACUAAUCCUUCUCAAGAAAACCCAGAUUAUGAAAUUGCAACUGAAACCGAAUCUCAGGUGGAGGAAUUACUGGUUUUGCCAACAGAAGUGCCAGCACCUGUUGAAUCCAAACCAAAAAGGCAUUUAGAGGAAACUACACCCAAAAAAGGUAAACGGUCAGUUCCACCAACUACUGAACCAUUACCUGAAGCUGCCGAACCUCAGGUCAUCGAACAAACCGUUGAAGCACCUUCAACAGAUCUGUUACCUGUGACAGAACCUCAGCCAGAGAUAAAGCUCGAGACGCCUUCAACCGAAAAUGAAGAGGUUUUGGUUUUAGAGCCUUCUGUGAAAGAUCACCCACAGGUACCUCGUCCUUUAAAGAGGCGCAUAAAACAUGCCAAACGUAGACGAAGGUCUUUAAUUGGAAGACGGGUAAAAAAUCAAAAAUUGCAAAAGCAGGUGUUGGUUGAGCUUAGUGAUGGUUGCCCACCAACGACAGACUCUGUAGGAGGAGAGCCAAAAUUUGUUGGUUUAUUUGCAACAAAGUACAAGAGGAAAAGGAUUUCGAGUAUUCAGUCAUUGGAGGCUAGACGGAAAAAAGCCAAACUCCUAUCAAAGCAAUUGGAGAACACCAGCAGCCAAGACCAACUUUCCAGUCAAGAAGAAAUAGAUUCUGUCAAUGUGAAAACAGACCAAGAUCAAGACAUUCAACCUAACAAAGCGAAGAUUGUGAAAAACAUCAGACAUUUCAUAAUGCCGGUCGUUAGUGCCCGAUCAUCUCGGGUUAUCAAAACGCCAAAGAGGUUUAUGGAUGAUCUUGGUAUGUCAGACCUUCCCCGUAAGAAUUCCCAAAAGAAGCUUGGUCUGCAGCCAAAAUCAAAGAAGUCUGAUUCAAGUGAAAAAGAUGAACCUGGAUGCUUUCAGUCUCAGGAUGAAGAGGACAAUCAGAGUGAAAUCGAUCUUGAUUUGUCUUCCACAUGGGAAUCAAAACCUAAAUCACCUGAUGACAUAGAGCUAUUCAGUGAGGAGAAGCAGCCUGGGAAAAGACGAUCACUACUCAGAGAUCCAGGUUUUAAAUGGGGAGUUCUGGAGCCUGCCAGUGAGGAUGUGUAUUCCUUUGGUGAAGAUCUUGACAAGGAGUUGGAGACUUUGCUAUCUGCCAAAGAUUUUACAAUGGACUCAUUUCUUGAUCCCGUCCAAAAGAAGAAAUCCACAAAAUUCAAAGCGCAAUCAUCAAAAUUAAGGUUAUACAAAAAGCUUAAACUCAAACAGAGUCUCGCAAGGCAGAAAAAGAUCCCUAAGGAAAAAAUAAGCAAAGUUGUAUCAUCUCCUGCCAAGGCACCGAAAAAGGAAUUGGAGGAAGGGGCCAGUCUCAUAAAGUCUCUCAGAGAAAUGAAGAAGGAAAAGGCAAAACUCAAGAUUGAGGAUCUCAACACCCCUGGGGUUGUUCGCAAAGUCUCCAUCUGUGUCCGAGCUCUGAGUGCCAAGCUUCUGGCACAACACCAGGCAAAAGACAUCCAAGAGGAUGACCUGCCAGAUGAGUUCUCAAUUCAUACAGACAUCUCCCUACCCAAUAAAUGCAAAGACUUUGAUAAGUUGCAUCUCAUGGAAUCAAAAGCACCAGUUUCUGAGGAUCCUGAGAAACACGCUGUUGAUGUUGAGGAGAAAAACGCCUCACAGCGCCCUCGCCUUACAGGAGCCAACAAGCGCAUGUUCAACCUCCUCAAGAAAGCCAAGGUUCAGCUCAUCAAAAUAGACCAGCAGAAACAGCUGAAAUCAUCUGGGCUUUUGCCAGAGGGUAGAAUUACUGCAACAAAAAGACAGAGACGAAAACCGAAAGAAAGGCCUGAAAAGGCCUGUCCCAACAAGAAUGAAGCUACUCCAGAGCAGGAGCCUGCCAGAGGAGGACCUCGCAUUAAACACGUAUGCAGAGCUGCAGCUGUGGUUUUGGGUCAGCCUCGGGCCAUGAUCCCUGAUGACAUCCCACGACUCAGUGCUUUACCUUUGCACGAGAGAUCAGACAUUUCACCUUCACCUGCUGAAAAAGGAGUCGAGUCUCACUCUGACCCAGAAAGCCCUGUUUUACAAGAGCACAGGACACCGAAGUUUCGCCGUGGAAGAUCUCAUAUGUUUGGGCACCGGUCCCGGCGGUGUGGGGAGUGUAAAGGUUGUCUGCACGAAGAAGACUGCGGCAGGUGCAUAAACUGCCUGGAUAAACCGAAGUUUGGCGGUCCUAACACUAAACGCCAGUGCUGUGUAUAUAAGAGAUGUGAUCAGGUUGAGGAAAGGAAGGCCUUGAGGCUCAGUGGCAAGCUUCAAAAAGGGCAUGGGAAGAAGCGGCGGCCGUCAGUAAGUGUGUAUUACUCCAGUAAUGAGGAAGGUGAGGCUGGUGAAGGAAACGGUCGGAUGUUUCCAUCUUCUCUGAGUGACAGUCCAUCUGUGCGCAAACAGCCGAGGCGACACGUAACUCCACGCUCAUACUGCGACCUGCUGGAUUACGACUCUGACUUUGACUGGAUCGGAAGUUCAAACUCUGCUUCUCCGGGCCGCAGGAGAACUCCUGGCCUUCGCAAUCCAGAUUUCCUGUCGUUUGAUGACUUUAUUGGCGACCCGUUUGACGAGGGAGUUCGUCAUCGCAGGCCUGGUUUUCACAAGGUUCCAGCCAUCAAACGGAAAGUGGAGAAGAGUCCUCAGGAGCAGACGCCACCCAGCGUCCUCGCAGCUCUUGCUAAUGGAUUUGCAGAGAGAGAACAGGAACCCGCAGAACCCACAUAUAAGAUCCGGGUCGAUUUUAAGGAGGACUGCAGUGUUCAGAGCGUGUGGGCGACAGGAGGAGUCAGUGUUCUCACUUCUGUACCCCUCAUGCCCUCCUGCGUCUGCCUGCUGUGUGCCAGUAAAGGCCAACAUGAGAUGUUGUUCUGUCAAGUCUGCUGUGAGCCUUUCCAUCGCUUCUGCUUGGACCCUUCGGAGCGCCCACUGGAGGAGAACAAGGAGAACUGGUGCUGUCGGCGCUGCAAGUUCUGCCGGGUCUGCGGCCGCAAGAAUAAAGAAUCCAAGCCUCUGCUGGAGUGUGAAAGGUGUCAAAAUUGUUAUCAUCCUGCCUGUCUUGGUCCCAACUAUCCCAAACCCAACAAACGCAAGAAGCCCUGGGUGUGUAUGACUUGCAUCCGCUGCCGGAGUUGUGGUGUGACUCCAGGGAAGAGCUGGGAUACCGAGUGGAAUCAUGACAAGGGCUUGUGUCCUGACUGCACCAGACUGUUUGAUCAAGGCAACUACUGCACCAUGUGCUUCAAGUGUUAUGAAGAUAAUGACUACGAUAGCCAGAUGAUGCAAUGCUCAACGUGUAACCACUGGGUCCAUGCUAAAUGUGAAGGCCUGACAGAUGACUUGUAUGAAAUCCUGUCGAGUCUCCCUGAGAGUGUGGUUUACUCCUGUCAGCCGUGUCUGAAAGAGCAGCCAGAUGGAGAGGCGGUCAGUGGAGCAGGGUGGAGGGAUCUGCUUGACCAAGAGCUCAGGACGGGGUUAGAAAGACUGCUGUCCUGCAUGAUGGGCUCCACCCUCACCCAACACCUGGUCACCUGCAAGAAGUGCUCUACACUGGGUUCCUCGAACACUGGAGUUGAAGAAUUGCCUAUUUGUGACCUCAGUGCUAUCGGGAAGAAGUUUGACAGAGGCCUUUACACAUCCUUGAAAUCCUUCCAUGAGGAUGUUGUGAAGGUACUUCGCCAUUACUUGGAGGAAGAGGAAGUUCUCCCAGAGGACCAAAAACACACUGCCCUCGCCCGCACAUACUACCUGACGCUCUUAGAGGACGUUUAUGGUUGGUUCAAUGGUCAGGACCCUAAACUGUGGGAUCCACGCUCCAAACAUCUGCCAGCUGGAAUGCUUUCGCAUGCUGUGAUGCCGCCAAAUUACGAGCAUGUUUAUGCUCAAUGGCGUGAGAGAGAUAGCUGCAAUAAGGCUUUAGAUGGCAACCUGCAGCUGACUGGAAGACAUGCAGAUGUGAAAAUGGGAGAUGAGGAGGAUCUCCCCACACAUCUGGCUAAUAUGCAGAAGGGUCAUCAUUUUAUGGACAUGAGGGCGUUACGAAUGAAUCUGAAAGGAAAGAAGAGUCGACCGGUGAAAUCUGACCUGGAAACAAGUUGGUCGAAAGAUGAUGAGAGGCAAUGUGCUCUGUGCCAAAAAUAUGGUGAUGCAAAAGCCAGUGAUGCGGGGAGACUGCUCUAUCUAGGGCAGAAUGAAUGGGCUCAUGUAAACUGCUCCAUGUGGUCUGCAGAAGUGUUUGAGGAGGACAAUGGGUCCCUUCUACAUGUUCACAGUGCUGUAGCACGGGGACGUUUAAUGCGCUGUGAGCGGUGUAACCGAACAGGAGCAACGGUUGGUUGCUGCCUUACUUCAUGCCAGAGCAACUAUCACUUCAUGUGUGCCCGCUUUCGUAACUGUGUCUUCCAGGAUGACAAAAGAGUCUUCUGUUACAAGCACAGGGACCUUAUAAGUGGAAAAAUGAUCACUGGUCAAGGGUUUGAAGUUCUUCGGAGAGUUUAUGUGGAUUUUGAAGGGAUAAGUCUUCGCAGAAAAUUUAUGACUGGAUUGGAGCCAGAAUCGAUCAAUUUAAUGAUAGGUUCUUUGCUAGUAGAAAAGCUCGGAAAACUGAGUGAAUUAUCUGCCUGUGAUGGUAAACUUUUUCCCGUGGGAUAUGAAUGCUCUCGCUGGUUUUGGAGUACUGUAAACCCUCUUCGCCGCUGCAAAUACACAUUUCGUGUUACUGAGGUCCGCCCGGCUAUUCAGGAAAAACCAGUGGAAGAAUCGCCCGAUCAUGGAGAAAAUUGCACUAUUGCCCACAGUCCUUGCCCCCAGUCAGAAUGUGAAGCCCUUGAAGUGGGGUUGUCUUCAACAAAUCCUUCCACUGAAGCAAAUUCCACCUCAGGAUCUGUCUUUGCCAAACCCGACCUUGGUGCCCGCCCAAAAAUCACUUCAUACCCACAGAACAGAAGACCUGCUGGAGGACUGUCCAGACCACUGCCUUCUCCAGGAGCUGCUCCAUCCAAACCCCACCACAUCUUGACUAUUAGUGAUUUGGAAGACACUCGAAGGCCUCGACGGCAUAGCCCUCACACCCAAAAUAGCGGUACCCGCAGUCACAUGACCUCCCCUACCCUUGGUUCCCCUGCAGGUCCAAUUCCUUCUAGAGCAGGUGGAUCCCACCACCCUAAAUCUUCUCAAUCUACCUCCCCAAUUUUCCCCCUUGGUGCUACUGAAAACCUUUUGACCUCUUCUUCAGCUCGUCCUGUUGGUCGAAGUGCUUCCUCAGUCCGGGGUACUGGAAUAUUGACGCCCCAUUCUACCUCAGGACUGUUUUCACAGUCCACAAAGCAAGGUGGCAUUGGCAGCACCCCUUGCACCAACCGAUCCCUCACCUCUCCCACCCAUCUUUCCACAAGACCACGCCCUUUUGAUUUUAAUCCGAUAGACUCUUUAGAACUUCCACACAAUUUUAUAGCAUCACCAGAGGAGCAUCUAGCAGAAACUGUUGCCUUGCCAUUAGGAGACGCUUUGAGUAUGCCAAAAGUUAAUCAUUUAAGCAGUGACAGAGAUUUCCCUUAUACGUCAAUCCACUUAGAAGCAGACCUGACCGAGGCCCCUGAGCUGAGAACUGAACUUGAAAUUGAAGAGUCUGUGGUGAAUGAAGGCGUAGCUAUGAACUGUAGUGCACAAAUUGUGGUUGAAGGUGAAGACAACCAAGAGGAUUUCUGGGAACCAGAUGAUAACAAGUCCAAAAUGUCUAGCCAGAGACUGUCUUGUACUGUUGAUCCUUGUAGGGAAGACUGGGGUAAUAGCUCUUCUGAUGAGGACAUGGAGAACUACUUUAACUUCACUCGCACUGUGGUUACUUGCAAGGCUCAAAGGGAUUCAUCUAGGAAAUCUCCAUCUGUAAGACAGAUUUCUCAACUUGAUGGUGUGGAUGACGGGACUGAGAGUGACACUAGUUUGGCUAAUAGUGAUAACCACACCGUGAAGUUGUCAAAUCAAACCCAGAAACCACACAAGUCACUCAGUGCUGUACCUCAUGAACAGACAGCCAGCAAUGGCCUUUGUUUGACUUUUCCAAGUCCUGUAUCUGAUAUUUCAUCAAUUAAUUGUUGUUUUGAGUCAGUUCCCAACUCAGAGGUGCUCACUGACCAAGAUUCUUUUGGGCUUACUCAAAUGUUGGAAUCCAGCUCUGGGGUUUGUGGUCCCCAACAAGACCCCUUGAUUAAUUUUGUUGAGUCAAAGUCUUCAAAUCCUACAUUUUCUACAUAUGGUAAUGAUUACCAAUCACUUGCUGAGCCAGAGACACCUUUAAUUCUUGAGAGAUGUGAUCCACUUUCUCCCAAUGCACAUUUCACAGAGCUUGUCCCAGUCCAGGAUUCUCCAUGUGACCCACAAGAAUCUAAAGAACUCUACUUGGAUCCUAGUAGUGGCCACUUUGUGUCCUCUGUGGAUGAUUCUACAAUUUAUCAAAACAACCAUUUGCAAGACGAUUCUCUAAACUUGAAUCAAGUUAAUGGGAUUCAGUUUUCACUGCAACAAAAUCCUGUUCCCUCCACAGAGUUACUUAAACCUGCACCUCCUCCUGAACCUUCAUUAUCUGUCCAAGUUCCUUUUGUAGCCUUCCCAAAUCAGACAACUCCUGCAAAUAUUUCUUUGUUUCCUGUCCAAACCUCCGCGGGUAAGACAAUCUUGCCGCCCAUGGAAAGUUUCAGAACUAAAUUGAACCCACAUCCUGAACAAAGACAUCCUGCUCCCUCAGUUCCUGGAGGUGCACUGCCAUACGUCCCUGCAAAUAUACCACAGAAGCCAGAAUCAAUGUUGUCUGUGCCGUCAGCCACUGGUGUACCCCUCGGGACUUAUGGACCAAUUUCGGGUACAGUGUCUGUCCCAUUGCAUCCAACUUACACGCAGCCUAUAGGAUCUACAACGGUUGGCGUAGUCUCCUCAUCCACCUCUGUAACUUCCCAGCCUUCGGCUCAGUGCCAAGCAAUGCCUUCUGCUAUUCAGCCAGCCUCUGCUCCAUGUGUCAUCAAUGGGUACAACACCAUCCCUAUGCAAAGAGACGCUGCUCCAGGACGAACUAUUUCCAUAAAUUUUUCAACCCCAAGAUCAGCAGUUGAACCCCAACAGCAGUUAGUUACACAAGCUUUACCAGGCCAUGCUAUUCUUACUGUAAAGGAGGUUGGUGGACCCAAUGUGGAUCCUACACCUCAUGUUUUGCUUGUUAACCGUCUUGGUCAGAUUUUUGUCAAAAACCCUGAAAGCAACACCUUUCAGCUUCCAACUCCAAAUUCCCCUUCAUUCAGCUGUGUUACCCAAAUUGCAAGCCUCUUGCAAAGCAAUGCCUUGUCAGCGACACUUGCGGCUGCUGGGAGCUUGCCAGCAGUUGCAGGUGCCACCAUUCCAACCCAAGUGUCCCAUAUUGUGACCCCAUUGGUACAGACCUCCAACACCAUUACCCAACUACUUGCCACCAGUAACAAUGAGGCAGCUCCUCCUGCACCAGCAGAUGUUAAGAAGCCACGUAGGAAUACCAAAUCUACUGGAGAGAAAGUAAAAAAACCACGGACUAAGAAGGAGUCUUCCACGCCUAGAAGGACAAAGUCUACUAGCACAUCUGGCAAACAAUCUACAGGUCAAGUAAUUACCUCCUCAGAUAAAUUUAAUCAAGUGGACAGUGCCCAAGCUAUUAUCAACCAAGCCAUGGCUGGCUAUUAUGAUCCCAAUAAGACCGUUUCUAAUAUUCUUCCAUCCUCAUCACCUUGUAACACUAAACCCGUUGGCCAAAUCCAAACAACAGUUUCACCAGUUUUACCCGAAACUCUCCUCGUUAAACCAGAGAAGAAGUCUUCCCCACCGGUGACACCAGAAGUAGCCCCUCGACCAAAGCAGGUUCGAAUGAAAAGAGUGUCCUGUCUGUCUGACCGUAUUGCCACCAAGAAAUCAAAAUCUGACUUUUUAGACAUGGAGCGCCCUAGUGCAUUGGAAGAGCCACACAAGUCAAGCUCAGUAUCAGCCAGCAGGUAUGGAGUUCGUAUCAAAACCCCAACCGUCAAGGGAAUCCUAGACUUGGACAAGCUGAAUGAAGAGCCAAGUAGUGACUCUGAGAGUGCAAGGCCUGGACCUUGGGAUCGUCUUUCAUUGCCUCGUUGUGGAGAGAGCAACAAGCCGUCAACUUGGGAUCCUGCUACCCGUAGUGGAUUAUCUGACUUGAACAAAUACUCAGGGAUGCUGUCCUGCUCAGAUGACGAGUUGUCUCCGUCAGACGGUGAAGAGCAUGUUCCUCUCAGCCGAGACCAGCCACACCUACGCUUUGAGAUAGCAAGUGACGACGGCUUCAGUGUGGAAGCAGACAGUAUUGAGGUUGCCUGGAGUGCAGUUCUUGAGGGGGUCCAGGAGGCCCGGGCUGCUGCUGGCUUGCGGCUGCUCACUAUGUGUGGGAUGAGCGGGGCUCGUGUAAUGGGGAUGCUGCACGAUGCGGUGGUGUAUCUGGUGGAGCAGCUGCAGGGCGCCAAACGUUGCCAUCGACACACCUUCCGCUUCCACAAACAGGCCAGUCAGGAGGAUGAUCUACCCGUCAACCCCAGUGGCUGUGCCCGCUCGGAGGUUUACCUGAGGAAGUCUACAUUUGACAUGUUUAACUUCUUGGCAUCACAGCACAGACAACUUCCUGACACCGACCUGUAUGAUGAGGAAGAGGAUGAGGUUCUUCUUAAAUCCACCAGACGUGCCACAAGUUUGGAGCUUCCAAUGGCGAUGCGCUUUAGACAUCUAGAAAGAACAUCGAAGGAAGCAGUUGGUGUCUACAGGUCUGCGAUACAUGGAAGAGGUCUUUUCUGCAAGCGAAACAUCGAGGCAGGAGAAAUGGUCAUUGAAUAUUCUGGCAUUGUCAUUCGUUCUGUUCUCACGGACAAACGUGAGAAAUAUUAUGAUGGCAAGGGCAUUGGAUGCUACAUGUUUCGCAUCGACGACUUUGACGUGGUUGACGCCACGAUGCACGGUAACGCAGCACGCUUCAUCAACCACUCCUGCGAGCCAAACUGCUACUCUCGAGUCAUCAACGUGGAAGGUCAGAAGCACAUCGUCAUUUUCGCCUUGAGAAAGAUCUACCGUGGAGAAGAGCUCACAUACGACUACAAGUUCCCCAUAGAAGACGCCAGCAACAAACUAGGCUGCAACUGCGGCGCCAAACGCUGUCGCCGCUUCUUAAACUGAAGAUAAGCUGUGCGAAAUGGGAGUUAGACUGGUUCAAAACGUUGAACUGAGGCUGAACGGGGUCGAAGAUUGGUUUCUAAAUGACUAAACAUCCUUCAACAGGCACCUAAUCAAAACCUUCUGGGGAAUAUAAAAAGAGCACCAACUUUUAAACCGCCAUUGUGGAGCCAUUAAUGUCAUUCGAGCGUGUUUACAUGUUCCUCUCGAUUGUUAGAAGUCCAGUUUAGACGACGGAUGGUUAAUGUUUAUAAAAACAAGGCCCUUCAGAAGGCUUUUCCCAUCAUCAUUGUCAAAUAGGUCUCGCUCUCACUGAUAGAAGUUUAUUACUUUUUAAAGGAUCACUAUUGUUGUUUUAGAAAUAUGCUCAUUUUCCUACUCCUUUACAGUUAAACUGUUGAGUUUUAGUGUCUUUGAGUUAUUUCAGCCUAACUCAGGGUCUGGCAGGAGCUCUUUUAGCUUAGCUUAGCAUAGCUUAGCAUAGAUCAUUGAAUUAGAUUAGACCAUUAGCAUCUUCUCAAUAAAUUCAGAAAAAGAGCAUAUAUGAUCAGUUUCCUAUGUGAAGCUUGACUUUUCUGUAGUUGCAUCGUGUACAUAGACUAACAGGACAUGAACAGUACUUUCAUUCUGGCGUAAUAAUCAAGUUAUAAGGACUAUUUUCAUGUGAUGGAUAGCAUUGUUGUGUCUGCUACAGCCAUGAUAUAGUAGCAGACUUGGAAAAUAGCAACUUUUCCCUCAAAUUGUCUGUUGGUCUUUGUACACAGUGUAACCACAGACGAGUCAAGCUUUAAAUAGGAAAAUUAUCGAAACAGUUAAUCAAAGUUUUGAGGUAGAUGCUAACGGUCUAAUCCGAUUCAAUGAUCUAUGCUUAGCUAAGCUAAAAGAGCUCCCGCUAGACCUGGAGUUUAACUGAAUGGAUUUAAAAAAUGUUAAAACUCAAAGGUGACCUGCAAAAUGAGCCUAUUUCCAAUAAAAGUGGAGUGUCCUAUUAAAACAUUUGAAAAGAACAAGCAGCAAAAAAGACUGAACUUCAGCCCAGUUCAGACGGCAGAUAAUUAAUAUCUAUAAAAACAAGGCCUUUCAGAUGGCUUUUCCCAUCAUCAUGCUCCACCCUUUAGCAAAUGUUUAAUCAAAGUUGUCAGAUGGAUCUCGCUCUCACUUUAUCACUUUUGAAAGGAUCACCUUUUUUAUUUUAGAAGUAUGCUCAUUUUUCUACUCUCCUACAGUUAAACUGUUAAGAUUUACCAUUUUUUAAUUCAUUCAGCCUAUCUCAGGGUCUGGCAGGACCUCUUAAGCUUAGCUUAGCAUAGAUCAUUGAAUUAGAUUAGACCAUUAGCAUCUUUCUCAAUAAAUUCAGAAAAAGAGCAUAUAUGAUCAGUUUCCUUUGUGAAGCUUGACUCUUCUGUAGUUGCAUCAUGUACUUAGACUAACAGGAAAUGAAAAGUUGCUAUAUUUAGUUAGUAGUUCUAGGAACUAUACUCUCAUUCUGGCGUAAUAAUCAAGUUAUAAGGACUAUUUUCAUGUGAUGGAUAGCAUUGUAGUGUCUGCUGAAGCCAUAUGGCGGCAACUUUUCAUUUUUCAUCAGUCUUAGUACACAAUGUAACUACAGAAGAUUCAAAGCUUGAAUAGGAAAAUAUUGAAACAAACGAGAUGCUAACGGUCUAAUCUGAUUCAAUGAUCUAUGCUAAGCUAAGCUAAAAGAGCUCCCAUCAGACCCGAAGAUCAGCUGAAUCAUUUAAUAAUAAUAAAACUCCACAGUUUAACUCAUAAAAUGAGCCUAUUUCCAAGAAAAAUGGAGUGUUCCUUUAUACCAUUUGACAAGAACAAGCAGCACAAAAGACUGAACUUCAGCCCAGUCUCUCUGUGUUUUGCAGCAAAAUCGUGAUUACGUUAUCUCUGCUGUUUUAUUUUAUUCAUUCUUGUCAGAAGUUGAAUAGAAACACUUGCAGCCAAGGGUUCAGAACGUUUUCUUCCCACGGCCUUUAAAUGGCAAACAUCCACCCUUUUCCUCAUUUCAAUAGAGCUGGAUUCUUUCAAGAUCGCCAACAAGAACCUUUUUUGUGUGUGUGGACCACCAAGCGUAGCUGGAAUGAAGAUACUCUUUUAAAAAAAUGUGCUUAAUGCUAACUAAAUGAUGUGAACAUAUAAUUUCAGAUUUUACUUUAAAUCACAGUGCUCAGGUCAAGCCCUCAGUAUAACCCAUAGAUCCUUCAGUUUCACUUCACAUCAUCGAAGCAUCUAGCGCUCUGAGGCUUUUAUCGAACGUUUUUUUUUUCUUCCUCUUUUAAUAAUUUAUGUGCGUUGGAUUUUUACAGACUGGUCAACACUCCAUCAGGGCUUUUGCUGUGGUGAAAAACUGUACAGGCUGGUUUUUAAACCCUUUAACCUGCCUUGGUGCUCCACCAAACAUAAGUCCUUAAGGGGGGAAACGGCUCACUUUCCUUUUCAUGUUGUAUUGGAGAACUAACGAUAGAGUCCGGUACUGAAAUAGCAAAGCAGAAGCAGAUGCUUUCUAACAAUGACCCCUUUUUCUCAACAUUUUAGCAUGUUUGUGCAUUUUAUACCUCUUGAGAGCCUUGCGUCAAAACAAAAAUCAUGCCUGGAGAAGCGUAUACAUAUAUAUAUAUAUAUAUAUUUGUUUCAGUUUUGUCAUAUAGUAGUGGACACUACUUAAGCUAAUCGUGACUAAACGCAUCCUCAUUACGUCCUGGAUCGUUCCUGCAAUAAAAAAAAUGUUUAUUUUUGCCACAAUUGCACAUACAAUUGGAGCUCUACGUUUAUCUAGGGAGAUAGAAACUGCUUAAAGUGUCCUAUAGCUGUAGGACUGCGAAGGUGAUGUAUACUGGUGACUUACAAAAUCUAUAUAUAUUUAUAGAAGCAGAGUUAUUGAAACUGUUGGCCGUCGGCACCUUAAUUUUCCUUGAAAGAUUUGGAGUCUGUUCUCUUCUUUGCGUAGGGAAAAAAAUCAAGCUGACGCCAGCGUAUAAAAAGACUGUAGGAGCGCUCUAUUAUUUCCUGUUCGUCUCUAUAUGGGGGUGUACACCCCAUUGGUCUGUGCUUUUUGUAUGUGACCGAGGUCUUAUGGGAGUUUUCUUCAGGACUUUCUUUCUUUCUUUUUAAACUUUCCACCCCAAUUUCCGUUCGUUAACUUGAACAUUGAGGAUGAGUUCUUGCAAACGUGGCCUUUUAACCAGGUGUUGUUUUGAGCCAGCUGUUCUUUUUAAACGUCUUAGUUUUGCUUUUAGUUGACUUUCUGAAAGGAGGAGUUUCCCUGAUAACAUUGUCGUCAUCUGCCUUUCAUCUCGUAGUAUUUCGUGUGUAGGAGAACUCCGGAUAUUUAGCAGAUCUCAGAUUUUAAUCAAACCACCCCCAGACUUGCAAGGAUUCUACCUCAAGCUGUUCAGACAACGUCGAGUAAUACUAAUGCAAAGCUAGAGUUGCGGAGUCGGCUCGUGUGCAAUGAAGGAAGCAAAGCACUAGUCAGGACCUCCUGUGGUGAUGCGUCUCCCAGAGCUUCUUGGGGAAAAACAGUCUAAUCUGUCUGUUCCUGUGUAGGUUAUUAAAAAAAAAAUGUAAAAACAACAAAAAAAAAAA